AGUCCCAGUCCCCCCCAUCAAAGUAGAGGUAUUCCUGAUUUCAGUUUCCAAACUAAAAUCUUUUGAGUUUGAGAUGAGAUCUGUUACCUGAAAACAGUUUUUGAAAUUAAUUUACCAGAUGGGAUCCAAUUCUCUCUCAAAUUUAUCUGACUUUGGACAAAGAAUCAACAGAAUUUAUGCUUUCCCUGUAGAUGGUGAAGGGCAAUAUGAAGAAUAAGAUAUACUGGUAUAACUUGCACAAAGCAAUUUCACAAGGAAUAAAAAGUCGACUUUGCCUCCCCGUUUUGAUUUCAUCCAUCAAACCAACGCAUAAAGGCAUCUUGGUCUGAUCUUAUUCAAGGCCAGAUUUUGUUUAGAUCCUCCUCUAGCUAUACCCUCUUCUUCAACAGCCAUCUUGAAGAUGUCUUCUCCUGAAUUUCAGAACGAAGUUUCCAAAAGGGGAUUGUUGGGGAGACUGACUCGAAUGCUACGUCGAAGGCUAUCUCGAAAGCUAUCUCGAAGGCUAUCUCGAAUGCUUUCUGCUGGGAAAGCACGAGACGGUGAUGCCAGUUUGCUGCCUGCCUAUCAGCCAGACCUGGAUGAGAUGAAGCGAGUUUUCAACGUAUUUGAUUCUAACAAAGAUGAAAAGAUCUCUCCAGACGAAUAUGAGGCCGUGUUGAGAGCAAUUGGACAGGAGAACACGAACAAAAUGGUGUCCCAGAUAUUCGAGGUUGCUGAUUUAGAUGGUGAUGGAUUCAUAGAUUUCGGAGAGUUUGUUGAGGUGCAGACAAGGGAUGGAGGGGUGAAGAUACCGGAAAUAGAGUUUGCCUUUCGGACAUUCGAUUCAGAUGGCGAUGGAAAAAUAAGCGCAGAAGAAGUGUGUGCGUUGUUGAAGAAACUGGGACAGAAUUGCACCCUCGGAGACUGUCAGAAAAUGGUUAGAGCUGUGGAUGCAAAUGGAGAUGGGGUAAUUGAUUUGGAUGAGUUCACAACUAUGAUGAAUCGAUCCUUAAAGCCUUUUAGGCCGGUAACUAAAACCAAAGGUCCAACGUUUACGCCCCGCUGCUGCUUUUGUGUUUGAUUCAUCAAUCCUUUGGCCGGAAGUUAACAACAUUUGUAAGGUAAGAUGGUUACAGAUGUUAGAUAUAAGCCCUUAAAAGACUAGUUAACAACAUU